AUGUUACCCUCAGCCUUACGCACAGGGGACGACCUGAAGUCCAUCGCUUCACGGCAGAGCCAUAGAGCCUGUGAUGCUUGCGCAGUGAGGAAGGUUAAAUGUGGACCAGUGUUUCCGUGUUUCCGUUGUGUCUCAAAGAAGUUAGAUUGUACUCAUCUAAGACAAAAAAAGAAAAGUGGACCCAAGAACUUGCAUAAGAAGACCCUACAGAGCAUAAGCGAGUUUACCCAGAAGAACCUAGAGCACACACUGCUGCUGAAUGGGGCCGUUCCCGACAAUCUGGGGACUGGUCUUCCCAGCCCUCCGAAGACCCUCACCAAUGCGGGCCCCAUAAAUAAUGACGUUAUAGAUCUCCUCUCUUUGAUCAAAGAGGUUGGUGUGCUUACUGAAAUCAUAGAAUCGUUGACGGUACUGUCGCUUUCAGCAAACCACGAGGAUUUCAUUAACGUGGUGCGAGAAGUCAUAUCGAUGCCCGUUUCUCCACCCUCUCAUAAACCAGGCUCGGUACUGCCACCCCCUACUACUCCAUAUCCAAUAGCGUAUCUUUCCAAACUUUGUGUAUCAUACACGUUGUGUCUCUUGACCUUGGAAACCAUAUUAAACAUGAUCGAGUUGAACCAGAUGGAAUUCAAACUCUCAAAGCCAAUCGAAGACUACAUGUAUCUCCAGACAGACUUGGUUAUCAAGGUAAACGAGUAUACGAUUUUGAUAGAUGCAGAGAUUCGAUCCUCUUCUCAUGCCAUGGACGAAGCCAUCUUUUAUCAUCAUUCACUCACAUAUCUCCACUUAUACAAUUACUAUCAAGUAUGUCUCAUUCGACUUCCACAACAUCGGAAGCACAAUAAAUUCUUGACUCUCAGACAGGCGGUGAAUUAUUUCCAACUUUUGGAUCUGUCGCAGCAGCUGCGAGAUACCGAUGAGCAAGAACCAGUUUCCAUGGUGAAGAGAUAUGAGGUAUACGAGAUUCUUUUCAUUAUAGAAAGACUAAACUACUUCCUACUAGACAUGAACUGUAUAAUGAAUAAUAACAUGGUUUUGUUGUUGAAUGAGAGGGACUUCGGAUGGAAGAAUAUGCAAAUAAAAAAGAGAAUCUUGGAUGGAAAGAACCAAUUAUCAGGAUUAUUGAAGACAACCUUAGAGAAUAGAGAAUACUUGGGGAUGUUUAAAUUCUUCAAUGACUUCCUGCUUCUUAAGGAUCAAAUUCCGAACCAAACUGUUAAUGAGUCAGGAGAGGUGUUUAAACUAAACGAAUUCCUUCAAUAUUGUGCUGACUCAAAUAUCACUGCUCCUGAGUUGAGUAAAUUAAUACUUGAUUUGGACACUUUAGAAGUUAGAUCAGAAACAAUAUACUCAUCGUUUAUGCGUAUUUUCACAAUAUUGAUUAUUUUCAAAGUGGAUAUGGCCAGGACGAUCAUAGCAGAGCAAAAGGUGACCUGCAAUCAAAGGUUUCUCAGUCAACUUAUUCAAAACUUGAUGACCAUUUUAGACGGUACAGAUGAGAGGAUAUUUAAAAUUAAAUGUCAUAACUAUCAAUUGAUUCCCCAAUUUUUGACGAUGUUAAAGUUAGGAAUAGAAAGUUUAGACCAAUCAAGUGACAACAACAUUUAUUCGCUGGAGUCAUUGGGAACUGCACAAUUUAAAGCCUUAUUAUUUAGCUUUCUGUGCUUAUUACUCACAUUGUCUCCCAGAGGAUAUAAUCUUAACCAAUACAUCAUUGGCAGCAAAACUUUGAGCAUUUGGUUUGGAAGCAUGCAACAGCAACUGCAACAACAGGACGGUGAACUCAAAAUUAAAGAAGAAAAUAUUAAUGGAGAGUAUUUGAACAUAAUGAACAAUUCACAGGGAGGAGGUAUACUUUAUCACGACAAUAAUAAUGAGAACAUCAAUCAGUAUACACCUAAUCUUACGGAUGGGACUGAAACGUUCGGAGACGUAGAAACUCCAAAAGUAAGACUUUCAGAAAGUUCGAAAGACUUAUUGGACUAUUUAUACUCUAAAAAUAGAGAAGACCUUGAAAAUUCGAAGGCAAAGACUGCAAGCUGGUCCGAUUUCAUGUACUACUCGCCGCCAACUGGGGCAUAG